AUGAAAUCUGGCAAAAACAAAGACUUAAAAAUUAACCAUGAAACAGAAGCUCUCGAUGACCCUAAAAUUUUCACCCUAACGAACAGCACAGAAUCAACUGGCAACAAAGACCUUGAAGAAUCCCUCCCAAACACUUCCAAAUUCUCAAAAUGUGUCCAAAAAAUUUCCGACUCUUAUAUUUGAAUUACUAUCAGUGGCCUAGCCUUAUUUUACUCUCUAAUUGGAGAUGAAGUCAGAAGGGCUGCAUAUGAUAAAGACAAUGACGACACAUUUUUUAUUUUUGCAUGCGUGAUUUUAUGCAUUUUUGUAUUAGAGUUGCCUAUAAACUGAAUAGCUCACCACAAUUACAGAUGGUCGUAUUGGUGCUUUAUUGAUAUAUUAGGGGUAGUUUCCAUAAUUCCUGAUAUCGGGUAUAUAUGAAACCCUAUAGUCGGGUCAUAUUGUCUUAGUUAUUCAGGAAAAGAAAUAGAAACAGGCUACCCGAAUUUGUCAUUAAAAUUCGUAAGGAUCGCCAGGUUAUUUAGGAUUUUGAAGCUUUAUAAGCUGAUAAUGCUGACGGUUUCCAAAAAGAAAAAUAAGGCAGAAGAUGUUUAUGAUGGCUCAAAGGUCGGAGUGAUCCUUGCGGACUCUAUGAAUAAAAGUGUGAUUACUUUAAUUAUAUUUUUAUUAGCGAUUUUGCCUUUCUUUGAGUAUGAUUAUUAUGAAAAUACCUCUGAAAGCUGAAAUUAUGGGCUGAUACUUUUGACGAAUUUUGCGAAGCAAAGAGAUUUUGAAAUGAUGUAUCAAAAAUAUUUAUCUAAUUUAUAAUGAAUAGAAAUAUUUAAUAAUUUACUAUGUGAAAUAGGGUAAAAGAUGGUUAUAUUUAUUGCAAAUAAGUAUAGAUGUGGAUUAUUUAGAUUAUUUUACAGUACUUUAUAUAGAUUUUGAAUAUGAAGAUGGCAAUUUUAAAGUAAGCAGAAAUUGGGCUAGGAAGGAUUUUGAUAUGGACGAAAUAAGAGAGUCUGAGAUGAUGUGCAUAAAUUAUAAAAACAGCACAGUAAUUUUAGAUAUGAGAUACCAUACACAGUUAGAAGCUUAUUUAAGCUUGUCUAAGACACUAAUUCCUCCUUUUAAAUUGAAACAAAAGGUAAAUUUUCACUAUUGCUAGAGAAAUUAAUCCCACUUUUUAAAUGGAACAAAAUUUUAUUUUUUAUAAUCUCUAUGAUAAUCAAUAAAAAAAAUUCGAAAAUAAUUUGUUCUAUUCAAAAUAAUGCAAUUAGAAUUCUAUUUUAAAUUUAUAAUUAAUUUUUCAUGUAAAAGCUUAUAAAUUUCUUUUUCUAAAAAAAAUAGCUGGAACAAUUUUUUUGUUGCAGCUUAAUCGGAGUAACUAUGUGCUUUAUAAUGAUUAUAAGUGCUAUGUUUCUAAAUAAAGACGUCAGAGAUUUUGUGAUAACUCCUGCUGAAAAAGCAAUUUUAUGAAUUAAAUCUAUUUCAAAUACCCCACUUAGCUUGCGAAACGCAAAAUCAAUGCCAAAAUCAGAAACUGAAGAUGAAACUUUGAAUAAAUGCUGCAUAAAGGUAAAAAUCGCCCCAAAUUACGAAGUCCAAAUACUAGAAAAUACUCUAUUAAAAAUGAGCAAACUAACAUCUCUAUGUUUUGGUGAAGACGAAGCCAAAGUAAUUGAAACAGGGAUGAAUGAAAAAUGACGCCUCAGCCCAUCAGCCAAAGGAAGAAAAUUUUACGCAAUUUUUGGGAUUUGCAGUGUUGAAAGCAUGGCUGAAUUUCAGCCUGAUUUAUUUAUUUUCAUAAAUAAAAUUGCAAGUAUUGUUCAUCACGUUGCUGACCAAUAUAUGUGUGAUGCAAUUUUAAACCUUGGCUGAAAUUUUAUACUUAUAUGGAAAAUUGAUGAUAGUGAAAUAAAAGAAAAAGAAGGAAAACUUAAAUUUAUGCCGUCCUCAGCUAAGUCGACAUUUCUGGCAGAUUUAGCCUUUAUUAGUUUAAUGAAAAUUUCAGCAAAAAUUAUCACUGAUAAAAAUAUUGAGAGAUUUACUAAAGAUAGCAGAGUUUUGAAAGGGAAAACGAAAUAUAAUAGAAAGCUAGGAUUUUCAUUGCAUGUAGGGUCAGGAAUUGAAGGGUGUAUUGGAAGUGAUUAUAAAAUUGAUACGGGGUAUAUAUCAAAUGAUUUAAAUGCGUGCUUAGAGUUAGCUAAAUUUUCAAGACAAAAUGAAAAUAAAAUAGUUGUUAGUGAUUCUUUGUAUGAUAUGCUGAGUCCUGAAGGAAAAGGGGUGCUGAAAUUGAUUGAUACAGAAGAAAAGGACAAUGAAGAAUAUAUGAGAAUUUAUAAAGCAAAUUUAAAUUGUUCAGUGCCUCCUUUGAAGAUGAAAAAAAGAGAGUUUGAAAAAUGCUAUCUUGAUAUAGGCAUAUUCUGCAAAUAGCCGGUAUGGGCUAGGGAUAGAGGCCAAAACUUUCCAAUUGAUUCGGCCAAAAUGGAUUAGUCGAACCAAGUGGAAGGAGGCUUAUUUGCUACUUUCAACUUGGUUCGAUCAGCCAUUUUGGUCGAACCAAUUGGGAAGUUUUGGCCUCUAUCCCUAGCCCAUAUCGGGCUAUUUGCAGAAUAUGCCUAUAAAAAAUCAGAACUAAUGCAAAAGCUUGAUGGUGGGGAAGUUACAGGUAAAUAUUUAUAUGAGAUGAGCAAAUGUGUAAGACUUAUGAAAAGGAUUCCAGAACAUAUUUAA